GGAGGAUCCAGGUAUGCAGCAGUGACGGAUACAUCAUGCACCAAAAGCUGCUGAAAACCUCCCACUACAUAGAGCUGGGCAGCUACCAAUAUUGGCCUAUUCUGCUUCCUCGGGGUAUUCGCCUUUAUACAUAUGAGCAGAUUCCUGUUUUCCUCAAAGAGAACCCAUACAUCACCGAUGGGUACAGAGCUUACCUACCGUCCAGGCUGUGUUUCAAAAGCCUGUUUGUUUUGUCCAAUGAGACUGUUAACAUCUGGAGCCACCUGCUGGGCUUCCUAUUGUUCUUCACUCUCGGUGUGUACGACAUGACGUCAGUGUUGCCAGCAGCAAAUGCAUCAAGGGAGGACUUUGUUAUCUGCUCAAUUUGCCUCUUCUGCUUUCAGGUUUGCAUGCUGUGCUCUGUCGGCUAUCACCUCUUCUGCUGUCAUCGUUCAGAGAAAACCAGCCGCCGCUGGAUGGCAUUAGAUUACGCAGGAAUUUCAAUCGGAAUCCUGGGUUGCUACGUCUCCGGAGUAUUCUACGCUUUCUAUUGUGACAAUUACUGGCGUCAGGUAUAUUUAAUCACUGUCCUGGCAAUGAUCCUGGCAGUGUUCUUCGCUCAGAUUCACCCAGAAUACCUUACCCAUCAGUGGCACAAACUGCGUUCUGUUAUAUUUUGCUCUGUGGCGGGUUAUGGAAUCAUCCCUACAGUUCACUGGAUUUGGCUAAAUGGAGGUGUGGGCGCAUCUAUUGUACAGGAAUUUGCACCACGUGUAAUUGUAAUGUACAUGAUUGCAGUUUUUGCUUUUCUUGUCUACAUUUCUAAGGUUCCAGAAAGGUAUUUUCCAGGACAAUUAAAUUACAUUGGUUCAAGCCAUCAGUUGUGGCAUAUCCUUGCAGUGGUAAUGUUGUAUUGGUGGCAUCAAUCCACAGUGUUUGUUAUGCGCUUCAGACACAGCCAUCCUUGUCCUGCUGAUGUGAACUAAGUUUCUAUGCAGAAUGUCACAGCAAAUGAUUUGCCUUUCAGAAUGUCGUCAUUUGAGUGGAACAAUGACAAGGCUAUUACUUUUGGAGCCAUGGGUAUGAGUGCUUCACUUUCCUGUUUUAUACGGAAAAGGCAUCACAAGGAAAUGCUCACACUAGAUGUGUGUUGGCUCUAGUGAAACAAAGAAAAUAAAGUGGUAUGGACGAACUUUUCAAACAAGACGUUGCUGCUCUUAAUUACUAUAACUAAAGGAAAAAUAAAAAAAAAUCGCUGUGUAAGAGUAAUCCAUUGCUCAAGGAACAUUCUACAGCCAAAACCGGACAGCUUUUUUCCCUUGUUAUGGACCACUUAAUACGGCCUUUCAAAGACAACGAUGCACUCAUACAUUCCAUCCAUUCUGAUUCUGAACUGCUCUUAAUUGUUAAGUGUUUGCAAUGCUGACGGCGUUUGCGUGCCAAGAUCUUUUGUUCUUGUCCAAUGUGAAAAGUUUUACAUAGGAAAAUAUAAAUCCGCUUGACUGUUAACAGAAAAAAAAAAGGAUGUUUUGCCUUUUUUUGUCGUAGCAUAGUUUUAAUACAUUUAAAGGGACACUAAAAAAAAGCUCAACAUGACAUAUUCCAGACGUUGGCCUAAGAAUAAUAUGCAGAUGAUUUUUUUUUUAAAUUGUAUUAGUGGUUUCAAUAUUUGAAGAAAUAUGUGUAAAGGUUUUGUUCCCCUACAAAAAAAAAUCCUUUCAGACCAUCUACAGACAGAUAUAAAUGAGUCCCUAGAUUGCCCAAAUUAUGUAAAUAAUGUGUAAAAUGAGGCCGUGUUAGGCUUGUGAAGUCUGUAGUAUGCACUUCCAGUUUUUAAUGUAUUAAGUAAAAUUACAGAGAAAGGGGGACAAAAUAAUGGAAGUACACUGCAAAGUUUGAAUUUGUUUUUAUUGCACACAAUUAAACGUUUUAUAUUAAAA